AUGGACGCCGUCGACUCCGUGGUGGACCCCCUCUGCGAGUUCACCAAGGACAGCGUCCGCCUCAUUAAGCACCGCCACAAGCCCAACCACAUGGAGUUCACCAAGGUGGCGGCACGGACGGCGAUCGGGUUCGUCGGCUUCUUCGUCAAGCUCAUCUUCAUCCCCAUCAACAACAUCAUCGUCGGCUGUGGCUAG